AUGGACCCUAAAAAAAUGUGUGAGUUAUUUCGUGAAGCUGAUAGUUAUUUUAAUGGUAAAGAUGUCGAUACGACGAAAAUUAGCGAACACAAAACCAUCAAAGGAUAUUGUAAUAAUGGUGGUUGUAAAACAAAUGAAGAUGGUAUUAAUGCUGUGGCCAAAUAUAUAAUUAUAAAAUUCAAAAGUUCAAUAAAAAAGGAUGAUGAGUAUAAUCAUUAUGAUGAAUAUUUAUUGAUGUGGAUAAGUGAUAAAUUGCUUAAGAUACACAAAAAAGGAAAAGGCAAAAAUAUUGGAAAAGGCCGUAUGGAUGCUUUUACUUUAAAGCAGGCUUAUGGAGAGUAUUUAGAGAAACAUAAAAAAGGAUUGGAUUAUUGGGGUCUUUUAGAUAUGAAUCAGGGUUUGAAAGAAGCUAAUCUUAAGUAUAUGAGCGAAUUUUAUAAAUUACUUAAUAUAAUAUGUAAAAUGAUUACAGAUUAUAAUAACGGUUCCAGAAAGAAAAUUCCUAAAUAUUCUACCGAUUGCGGUCGUCAAUAUAAAACCCUUUAUAUUAACAUUUCUGAAUGCAAAUCAUAUCUUGAUUUAUUGAAUAAAUUAAAAGGUGUAUAUGAUGAUUUUAGUUCUAAUAUUAAGAAAAAUCGUUCAAACAAUAAAUUAGCAACUAAUCUUAAAAAACUUACACCAGAAGAUGGAGACGAGUUGGAAGCGGUGCGUGGUUUUAAAUCAUAUGACUUCAAUCGUCCAAAAUGUAAAUUCCCCAUAAAAAAAAAAACUACACCCCCCAAAGCUUCAAAACUUAAUCCAGGACCAGCAUUGAAUACAAAGAUUCAAAGAGAAUCACCUGGCUCUCAAGGUGUAUCAAAUUCUACAGGAGGUCAAUUAUCAAAUCAAGGGGAUACAUCAAAAAAUUCAGAUAGUGACCAACAUAAAACAACAAAUGAAACAGGAAAACAAGGUGGUGGAAUAGUACAUAAACCAGAGCAAUCACCAGAUGGCCAACAACAAAAUUUAGAGUCUAAACAAGGAAAUUCAAGUAGUGGACCAGAAAUUUCAGAUGAUUUGAAAGAUAUUGACCAAAAACCUCCUACAAAUGAACUAGAAAAACAACCAUUAGUAUCAGAGACAAAAGAACCAUCGCCACCGGAAACAUCACAGAAAACACAACUACAAACACAAUCAGAUCCUGUACAACCAGAAUCACAAAACGUUCACGAAUCAAAAACACCUCAAAAAGAAGGGUCAAGUCAUCCAAAUGGGCAAGGCGUUUCUAAAAAUGAUCCAAAGGUUUCAGGCAGUGAAAACGGAAAUCCGGAUGAUGAAGGCCAUGAACCAGGAGCUCCAAGUGAUGGAACAGGUGAUCCCCCAUCAGGAAACCAUGUACCAAGUCAAGGCGGCAAACAAGAUAUAACAAAUCCACUAGAUAAAAUAGGAACACCAACAGCAGGAGGAUCUAUUGAUUUGAAGUCAUCAUUUUUUGAAUUAAUAUUAAAAGGAAACGAAUAUUAUAAUAAAGCUUCCGAUUUUAUUGAUCAAAAUCAGCAAAAGUUCAAAGAUGCUGGGAAGAAAAUCAGUGGUGCAUAUAAUAGCGCCGUAGAUAUUUUAAAAAGUGCUUACAAUGCAUCUAGCAUUUAUUUUAAUGACAUGAUUAAUAGCAUAACUAACCAAAUUAAUCAAUAUGACACUCCUAAAUCAAGAAAAUCAGGGGAUAAAUUACCACAAAGUAAUGAUAAUUCACAAAAAAGUGAAGAUCCAUCACAAAUUCCACCAAAAGAACAGACACAAAUUACAUCGCCAGAUCCAUCACAAGAUCCAUCAUCAAAAUCCACACCAAUCUCAUCACAACCAAACCAAUUACCUCCACAAACACAAGAUGGUCAAAGCAAAGAUAAUCGUUUACAAGAGUCACCUCCUACACAAAAUAUUGAUUCACCAAAUAGUAAACAAGUAAAUCCUUCUGAUUCAGGUGAUAAUCAAUCUGAAUCAGGCGGGACAGGGGAUAACCCACCCACACCUAAUGGCUCACCAACGCCUCAAAAACAUACAUCUCAAACUCCAUCAGGAACGCCACACAUUUCAUCACCGUCGCCAGAUCCUAAGGAACAAACUACCCCAUUUCAAUCGUCUCAGGGCACGUCUGGAAACCAAAAUUCUGAUCGAACCAAUCAAGAAGGACCUAAAAAACCAGUGACAAGUCCAGUGGUUAAGAAAGAAAAUAUAGGAACCGAAUUAAAAGGAAAUGUAAUAACAGAAAUAGGUGGUGAAUAUGUAUUAAAAAAAUACAAAAAAAUUGGAUUGUCAAUUAUAGUUAUUCUAAUACCAAUUACUUUAACUAUUCUGCACAAGUAUUUGUCAUCUGGAUGGAGAAAAGAAUUAAAGAAAAAAACAAACAUGAAAAAGGUUAUAAAUUCAAUUGGAGGAAAAAAACAAAUACAAAUAAUUAUAAAAUCAUCUAAUCAAAAAAAGAAUACUAAAAAAUCUAUAAAUUCCGUUUAUGGGGAAAAAUCUCCAUCAUUAAAUAUAUACAAGAUUAUGCAGGCUGAUCCUGUACCAUUUAUUAAUUUAUUUUUUUUGCUGAUUUUUUUUGUUUAUAAAAGAAAGCGCGAUUUCAUAGAAUUAUAA